AUGGACGCGUCUUCGUUGAGCUCUCAAGAUUCCGCUCAUUUGAACCGAUUGAUCGAACAGAAACAAAUGAAAGAUUUCUUGAAAUUAUAUUCUUCAUUGGUCGAAAGAUGUUUUACAAGUUGCUGUCAAGAUUUUACGUCGAGGGCUUUGUCUUCAAAAGAAGAAAGUUGCGUCAACAAUUGUGCGGAUAAAUUUUUGAAACACUCGGAAAGAAUCGGUGCUAGGUUUUCCGAACACAACGCAGAGAUGAUGCAAAAGCGAUCUUAA